AUGCUAUCUUUCUGGUUUUUCCAGGUCUUUUCAUUACCUUUCUUUUUCUACCUCAUUCUGUGUUCUCUCUUCCUUUUCUAUCUCUCUCUGAAAAUUCCCAUUUCUACCUCACUCUGCAUCACACACCCUUUCUUUUUUCACCUCUUUUUGUGCAAGCCUCUUCCUUGUUGGCCUCCCUCUGCACAUUUUCUUUUUGAACCUCUUCAUGUCUUGUUUCUCUUUCUAUCUUGCUAUACACGUUCCAUUUCUUUUUUAACCUUUUUCUAUACAUGCCCUUUCCACUUAACUUUGUACAUACCCUUUCUUUUUCCACCUCAUUUUAGGCAACUUUCCUUUUCUCCCUCACUUUGCACAUUCCCUUCUCACCUCGCUCUGCACAUCUCCUUUGUUUUUCUACCUCACUCUGAGUGUCCCACUUCAUUUUUUACCUCACUCUGUGCAUCCCAUUUCCUUUUUGUUACUGUUUCUUUUUUCUGGGUUAAUUUUACACUGACAUUUUUUUUCUCCCCUCACUUUUUCUUCUUCAUUUUCAUCCAUUCUUUGUUAAUCGUCCUUUUUUCCAUUAUGGCUUUUUUUCCCCCCCCUACAUGUACAAUUUUCUGCCUCGGCUCUGUUUACAUUUUAUUUCAUUCUAUUCACACCCAACGUCCUUUUAAGUCAUCUCAUCCCUCAGCACAUCUCUCUUGUUUUUAA